AUGAGUGGGGGAGCUGAGAUGAUCGCGGGCGCUGUUGUGCAGCGUCUCGCCGGCAUGCUCGGCAAUAAAGCCUGGGAGAGGGUCGAGCUGCUAUGGAACUUCAAGGAGGAUGUCGAAGGGAUGGAGAGAAUUAUGAUCGACCUCAAGCUUGCUCUUAGCUAUGCCGACAAGCGCUCCCGAGAGAGUGAUGGCCGUGACGAACUAGUGCAACCUUGGCUCACGAGGUACAAAUCUGUUGCCUACGACAUCGAAGAUGCGUUGGAUGAGCUGGUGGCUAAUGCAACCAUAUGGGAAAAUAGCAAAUGCACGGUUAAAUUGUUCUUCUCCUCAAUUAAUCCACUCAUUGUGCGUAUCACCAUGUCAAAUAAGACGAGAAAUAUUCGGAUGAAGCUAGAUAAAAUUGUUGAGGACCAGAAGAAAUUCCCUCUGCAACAACUGAUGCCUACCCCUACAAGCCAAGAUGGCAAUAAAAAUAGGAAUGAAACCUUUAUUGGUGAUAGAGAUGAAAUCAAGAUGGUAGGAAGGGGAAAAGAGAAGAAAGGCAUAUUAAACAAGAUGUUACAGAAAUACAGAGACCAAGAAAGCUCUAUUAUUCCUAUUGUUGGCCUUGGUGGUAUGGGCAAGACGACAUUGGCAAAAGUUGUUUACACUGACAAGGAAACAAAUAUGUUUGAUGUGAAAGCAUGGGUCCAUGUCUCUAUGGACUUUGAUCUAAGUAAGAUUGUGUCUGCUAUUAUAUCUCAGGUAGAGAAUAGCACUCCUGUUAAUAAUGCUGGACUACAAUAUCUGAAGUCUCAACUUGAUCGCAUAUUCCAUGAUAAGUUUUAUCUUAUAGUCUUAGAUGAUUUAUGGGAGGAAGGGAGGUCUGAGUUGGAGAAUCUCAUUAACAUGUUGCAAUCUGGAAAUAAAGGAAGUGGUCUGCCUACUGACCUUGAAGACAUUGGAAAAGGUAUUGCAUGUCGAUGCAGUGGAGUACCUCUAGUUGCUAAGGCUCUAGGUUUUGUGAUGCAGAAGCACUACACAAUAGAAGAAUGGAUGGAUAUAAAAAAUAGUAACAUUCUCGAUAUCAAGGAUGAUGACAAAGGAAUUUUAAACGGUUUGCUGCUCAGUUAUUACCACAUGCCUCCUGAACUUAAACUUUGUUUCAUGUAUUGCUCUAUCUUCCCUAAGAGCCAUGAUAUAGAUCAUGACUGCUUGAUCCAACUGUGGAUUGCUUUGGGGUUUGUUCAAGGUGCUGACAGGCAACUACUUCAGAAGACUGGCAUCGAAUAUGUAGACGAAUUCUUGGGCAUGUCCUUCCUUAAUAUCCAGACAUCUUCUACAGCGUUGGUUGCAAGAAUAUUCAAACCCACACUCAAACUUCGCAUGCAUGAUAUGGUGCACGAUCUUGCAAGACUUGUUGCUGCUGAUGAAUUCUCAUACACAAAUGGUGCAACAAACUUUAGUGCUAAGAAGGACAAGUUGAAUAGCCACUUUCAUUUAAUGAUAAAUCAAAAUGAGACAUCAUUGGACUACACAUCUUUUCUAAAAAAGGUCAGGGCCCUACAUUUUAGGGGUUGUGAUAGAAUGGAUCUCCCUAAGCAAUCAUUCUCACAGAUGUUAUGUUUGAGAGUUUUGGAUUUGAGUGGAUGUCAUUUAUCAGAUCUUCCAAGUUCAGUUUAUAAACUAAAGCUAUUAAGGUUUCUAGAUGCUUCCACCCUUCCUAUCUCAAAUUUAUCUAAAUCCUUGAACCAUCUGCUGAACCUGCAAACCUUGAUACUUGCAAAUAGUUCCCUAAAGACAUUGCCUGCAAACAUUGGUUGUCUUCAAAAGUUGCAAUACUUCGACCUAUCAGGAUGUGUCAACCUUUGUGAGCUUCCCAUUUCAUUCGGGAACCUAAGUGCUCUGCUCUUCCUAAACUUGGCAAGUUGCCAUGAACUGCAUACACUUCCAGAAUCCUUUGGCAAAUUGCAUAUGCUUCAAUUUUUGAACCUAUCAAAUUGCUACAAACUCCACUUGCUACCAGAAUCUUGUUGCCGACUUCAUGGUCUGGCGCAUCUUGAUCUAUCCGAUUGCCAUAACCUUGAAAAGCUCCCAGACUGCAUUGAUCAACUCUCUAAGCUUGAGUAUUUGAACAUGACAAGCUGCUCCAAGGGAGAAACUAAACCUCAGAGAGUUAACCGAACAGGAAUUUAUGGAGGAAGUGGUGAUUUAUGGGGCCAGAUUGUGGAACUUGAGAAGGCACCCUGCCAUGAUUUGCAUAUAAUUGGUCUUGAGAAUGUCAAGCAUUUGGAAGGGGCAGAACAAGCUAAAAUAUCAAACAACUCAAGUAUUACGUGGUUGACUCUCAUAUGGGAACAUGAUAAAGACUUCCCUAGUUGGAUGCUAGACAUUCCUUCCUACCUACCUCAUCUUACCAGCAUCUUUCUUUCUGAACUGAAAGGGUGCAGCCGGCUCCCUCCACUUGGGCGCCUGCCAAACCUGAGAGCAUUGGCCUUGUCUGACAUGCCCGAUCUCAAGUGUGUUGACAGAGAAUUUUAUGGGGACUAUGGAAGCUGCCAGAAGCUAAGAAUGAUUGUUUUGAAUAAAAUGGACAACUUGGAAUCGUGGUGGACAACGAGAUCAUCUACUGAAGAAGGCGAGUUCUUAAUCCCUAAUUUGCAUUUGUUGGCUGCUAUGGAUUGCCCAAAGCUGAAGUUCAUGCCUUACCCCCCAAGGAGCAUGGUGUGGAUGCUAGAGAACUGCGAGCACGUGCUGCCAGAACAUGGGUUUGGGAACCUCUCAUCUAGUACCUCUCCAUUUUUCCUUGUGAUUGGGGGCACAUCUCUUUCCUCUGAAUGGUGGCGUCGGACCCAGCACAUCUCUUCGAUAGAGGGUCUUGAGCUUAACAACAUCACAGGGCUUGGAACCUUGCCAGAGGCUAUUCGAUGCUUCAGGUCCCUCCGAAAACUCGCCAUAGUGUUGUGUGCCGACUUAGAGACACUGCCGGAAUGGCUGGGAGACUUGACUUCAUUGAGAGAAAUUCGCAUCGACGAGUGCCCAAAGGUGUCUUUGCUGCCGGAAAGCAUACAUGGCCUUACUGAGUUGAAGAAACUACGGAUAAUUAACUGUCCAGAACUGUUCGAGAAGUGCCAAGGAGAGGACAAGCACAAGAUCGCCCAUAUUCCAGAGGUCACAUCCGUGUAG